CAGAGACCAAGUUUCACACCCAUACAGAACCACCGGCAACUGACUACUACUUUUCUCAAUUCGUUUUUCUCAUUAACAUAAUCUGCUGUGGUCUAUUUUAUUCAACUAAUGUUACAAGUAGCCCUUAUCCACCCACAACUAACACUGGACACCCUUCAGUUGCAUCUCACUUUCUUAUCAUGAAAUGGGUCCUUUCGCUAAGGCGUUCUUCUCCCCUCGAUAGACGCCGACGACUCCUCCCAUUCUCAGUUCAUCAGCUAUACUCUUCCUGUUGUACAAUCUACUGCCUAUUUCUCUUGAAGGAUGAAAAUAUAAAAUUUAAUACAUUACAUUGUAAUACUUCUUCCAUCUUUCCUAAGGUUUCUAUUCCGCCUCAUAAUGGUGUUAUUUUCUUGCAGACCAUGGCAUAUUGCUUUGGCUUGAUCGCCUUGAAAUCCCCCCUUCAGCAAUUUUUUUUUGUUUCUUUCUUUAGUGCGUCCGUCAUGUUAUCACUGACAGUAGGCAAAUAAAAAUUACGAGGUUGAGGCGAGAACUAAUGGUAUGACGUCCGUACCUAGUUUUGCGAAAAUCAGUUACGUGGUUCUAAUUUGAAAUUGGAAUAUAUACGCAAUGAUAAUGGCAAUAUCAUGAAGUUGGCUAAACGUAAACACAACCGGAAAACACUAAUAAUUCUCUCCUUCGGUAUUCUUGGAACUUCAGAGACGAAACCGAUUUUCGGGUUUACAAUCAUAACAGAAAUAAUGAAGUUCGCGUGAAAUUCGCAGCCGGAAAAAUUUUACCCCGGAUAUUACAGGGCAGUAUUCAUUACAAUAAAAUCUUGGGCCAAAUCUAGGGCGGGGUUUAUCGAGCGCAAUCAAAACGUCAUCGAGAAGUUUCGCGACACACGAUUAGGGUUAUAGGAUUUUCGAAGUUUUAAUAAACUUUCAACAGAACUUACGGUGUAGCAUGCUUCGAAAGAGAAAUGUAAAGAGAAAGCGACCAGUCUGCGCGUUGCUUAGAAACGAUUUGUAAACAGCCAGUUGCAGUCUCUAUAUAGUGCAGCGAUUUCUGUUUUGUUUGGGCUGGAUCCAAGAAAUGCUGACAAGACGUGAAAAACUUUUGACACUACCCUGGCAGCAACGUCGGUACGACCACCACAGACACAAGGUGCAGUCUGCCUUACCUGCCAUUGAUGUGGGACCACCCUCAACUCGAGGUCAUGUGUGUUGCAAGCUCAAGAAACAGCAGAAUGAGCAGGAACGCAUUACACAAAUUGAGCUAAACAACUGCAGGCUCCUACAGCGCAUGGGAACCAUCAUGAAAACCAAUCGUCUAGAUAAUCACUGGGUCAACCCACCCCCCAGUUUCAUGCAGAGAGAGGGUAUUUACUACUUUCCUGCACAGUGUGGCUACGCCAGUCAACAAGCCUCUCCCCCAGCCACUUCUCCUGAUGACUUGUCCAACAUGAAGAGGCGCUGCUUAGCUUGCAACCAACAGAAAAAUGAAUCAACAAAGCCUGUACCAAAAUAUACAGCACCAACAGCACACCAACGCAGGGCUUCACACAUGCGCCGCAAUUGCAACACAGCAACACAGGCAAAGACAUGUGGAAUGACAUGGAAGAGGAACCAACAGGCAGGAGACAUUUCACCACGGCGUAUAACCUUUACUCGCAGGGGACUUCAACUAGCAGUCAGCUUUCCGGCUGACACCACCAUUAGACUGGAGGAUGGUCAACUUGACCAUCUGCUGCAAAGGGAGUACUGCGGGUGCAAGGCAAUAAAACUCCAGUAGUUCCAUGAUGUUGUGAAGCCUUUGUUUUCACUAUUUUAUAAAGAAUUUGAUAUAUCUACAAUCAAAUUAAAUGACAAAGGCUCAAUUCACAUGACCACAAUUGUUCAAGUUAUAAAGUUAAUCACAAACCAAGUUGUCACUUGAAGGGGAUGCCAUAGGAAGAGAGCUAUUAAAUACUUGAUGCUUAUUGCUCUAUAGUCUGUACAUAAUAUCACAGGCUGUUGUUACAGCCAUGUGUUAUCCAUGAUUAAAAGCCAUUAGUAAAUAAACAGUUAAAUAAUGAUAACAAUUAACCACAAGUUUACCCUAACAUGCAGCACUCUUCUGUACUAAAACAAAAACAAGACAGAUGAUAAUUUAUUACCAAUAAGUACAUCUUCCUUGGGUCAAAUGGGAGAAACUAGUGACCAUUCUUGAACAACCAUCCUCCAACUGGCACCUGGAAAGUGUCCAAUGUCAUAGCCCCUUCACCCAUCUAGUCGGAUCCCCAUGUUACUCAGUACCCUGCUGAUACAACAGUAGUAUAUGGGUAUGCUACCUGCAGCACCUUAAAAAAAGUAUUUUUACAGCUGCUCACUGAUAAGUUAUACUGGAACUCUAUGAAGUGGAACAUGGUCUACAUGCCUUGAUGGUUCCUGAUCUGUUUUAUAUAACUGCUCCUUGUUUUCAAUCAGCAGUCUUUCAGCUUGUCACUCAACACAUGUCAGCUUCCUUUAGUUCUUAAUGUGUUUCAGACCACAUAAGCAAAACUGUGUAACAAAAUGUUUGUACUAUUAUUCAUUUUUCCCCAGUAUGUAUUUAACUGCUGGAUAGUUCAUAAAUAUGGGAAAUCUGUACAGUAUGUCAACAGAGUACUACAGAGCAAUAUAAAUACUGCUUGAGAGGGUAAUGUAGUGAUGAUUUAGAAGCCUGCUUGAGGAGUUUAUUAAACUUUAUUUUUAAGAAAACUAAUCUGCCAUGUUGUGACAUGCUUUGGAUCUGGAAAAUGGUCAAAACACUUCAUCUAGUACAUUACAUUAUAUACAAGAAGAGAACAUUGAUAUUAA